GCUCCGUUCCGUGCGCGUAGUCGUGCUCAUCCCGAUCGUCACUCCCCUCUUCGCGCGAUACACUACACUCGUUUUUAUUAAUCAUCAUCAUCGUUAUUAUUGUUAUUAUUAUUAUUAUUAUUAUUACCAUAAUAAUAUAUUAAUUCAACUGCGCUGCUACCGUUACGCCGUUCGCUAUUGCAUUACAAACGUACCGUCUUCGACUGUUUGUAUAGUGUUACUCGGUGGUGGUGUCGCAAUCACGACUCGCGUUCAUCACAAUAUUGACUUCCGUUGUGAUUGCGUUCGUUAUCAGCUAUAUACGAGACAUUAUGAUGGUGUUCGAGCGUAAAAUCCGAUUGUUGCGGCUCGGUGACAGCGAAUCGUUUCUCUAAACUUAGUUGUAUUGAAACAUCCGGAAACCGUAGUUGUGCAUCGCAACGUUCGUCGCGAGCUACACAACUCUCCGACCUCAGAGCCGUAGACCGAAUACGUUCUUCUCUUCGCUAUCUGAAUCUAAAUAAUAGCAGAACCUGCUGCCGUCCGUCCGUCCUUAUUGUAUUCUACGGUAUUAUGCCCUGUUUUUACGUCUUGAUCAACUCACCGACGAUACUGUGAACAAGCUUGUACCAUGAAAACCGUCUUGUACUUUUUUUUUGCGGCCCUAUUCGCCAGGGAUGCCUUAUCCCUUUCCGUGUACACCGACGAUCUACCCCGGCUGGCCGAUAACACUGGUUCGUUAGAAUCCUUCCCUGUCAGGACCAAAAGAGAAGACAUCAAGGCAACGCUAUCACCACCACCAACUAUUGUCUCCGAUAGAAACAUAACAGCCCGGGUUUUCCAUUUAAAUGAAACUCGACAACAAUUGAUGGUUCAUUGGGUUGGUGAUAAUUCAAAUGUUAUCAUAUGUUUAGUUCGUGAAGGAUUUUUUUCUUCAGCCGUAUACAUAUCAUAUGAUUAUGGAGAUACUUAUAUUAAUAAGACAGAAGCAUUUAAAAUUAAUGCUGUUGAAAAUCUAUAUGCUUCCAUCGACAAGUUUUACAUACAUCCUACUUUUAAAUCAUAUUGUGUUUACACAGAUAUAAUAAACCAUAAAAUAUUCACAACAAUUGAUCAUAGUAACCACCUGAAAUCCAUUCAAUUGUCGUUUGUACCUAGCGUAGUAACUUAUAGACCUGAUAUACCAUUUGUAUUUGUUGUCCAUGACAAAAUCAGUCCCACAAAACAAUUGUGGAUAACUCAUGAUUUUGGUAAAACAUGGACUAUGCUUGAAGAGCACGUAAAAUCAUAUUUCUGGAUUCCAGUUACAUGGGAUUUAUAUAAACGAGGUCAUUCAUUAAUAAUACAGCGUGAAGAAUCUUCAAAUACAUCUGUUGUAAUUGCCGUUUCCGAAAAUAUAAAUUCUAGCCAAAAUAAUUUAACUACUUUAGCUGUUAAUGUUGUACAUUUGAAAGUAAAAGAUGAUUAUAUGUUUAUAACUACUCAAUUAUCAAAGAAAAAUUUAGAUCUAUUGAUUAGCUAUAAAGGAGGUAAUUUUAUCCAUACUCGGUUUGAUACUGAACUUGACAGACGUGAUUAUUAUAUCGCUGAUAUUACUGCUAAUAGAAUAAUGGUUGCUGUUGCUCAUACUCCAAUUUUUUCGAAUUUAUACAUAUCUGAUGUAAUACAGUCUUCUAAUCAAGAUUCCAUAUCCUUUAGUUUGUCACUUGAAAGAGUGGUUGCUUAUUUUCCUAACAUUACAUGGACUGAAUCAUUAAUCAGUGACAUAUGGACAGAAACAUUUGCUGAUAUACAUAAAGUUAAAGGCCUUCAAGGAAUAUAUAUUGUGUCACAGAUUUCAUCUUCAAUGUCAGGAGGAAGUAUAGAUAUAGGCCCAGAGCAUAUUAUUACUUUAAUUACCUUUGAUUGGGGUGUAGAUUGGAGAUUGUUAAAUGUUACACGUUCUUUUUCUCAUUGUGAAAAGACCGAUAACUGUUCUUUACAUCUUACUCAAAUGUUUGCUCAUGUAUAUCCUGUCACUAGAACACAUACAUUCAUUUUAUCAUCAAAAUCUGCCCCAGGAAUCAUUAUGGCUACUGGAGUAGUUGGCAAAUCACUAAAAGGCAAACCUGGGGUUUUUGUUAGUAGAGAUGCUGGACUUACAUGGAGACAAGUCUUAAAAGAAAUGCAUUAUUACAAUAUUGGUGAUCAUGGAGGUAUUCUAAUUGCUGUUCGAUGUUACAAGUUGGAAAAAGAGGAGACAAGUCAAAUUCUUUAUUCAACUGAUGAAGGAGAAACUUGGCUUGAGAAAAACUUUACUGACAGCAAAAUCAAAGUUUAUGAAUUAAUGACUGAACCUGGAGAAAAUACUACUGUUUUCACAAUGUUUGGUUCAGUUCUGGAAAAACACGAAUGGUUAAUAGUUAAAAUUGAUCUGAAAAACGCAUUUUCAUAUAAUUGCACCAAAGAUGAUUAUAAAAUUUGGACUCCUACUUCUUCAGUCGACCAUUUGAAAACAUCCUGUGUUCUUGGGCAGACUCAAAUGUUUUUAAGAAAAGCACCUAAAUCAAAUUGUUAUAACGGGUUAAAUGAUGAUCGACCAAUUCAAACUGUAACAUGUGAAUGUGAUAUUGAAGAUUUUACAUGUGAUCAUGGAUUUACAUGGAUGUCAAGUUCUAAACAAUGUAUUAGGAAUAAAACAAGUAGCUUUGAUCCUUAUAUUAUUCCGUCAACAUGUAAACCUGGUCAAAUGUAUAACCGUACUAAAGGAUAUCGUUUAAUUCCUGGUGAUAAGUGUAGAGUAGGUCGUUCUUUAGAAUUUAUGCCUCAAGAAGUUCCAUGUCCAUUUGAGGAAAAACCGGAAUUCAUUUUAGUUGCUCAAAAAGAACGUAUUCUUAGAUUAAGUCUCAAUGAUAAACCAUUCGAAGUGUUACCUGUCCGUAAACUAGAAAAUGUCAUUGCUGUUGAGUUUGAUGUGAAAAAUAAUUGUAUUUUUUGGGCUGAUAUUGUUACAGAUACUAUUGGACGACAAUGUUUAUCUGAUGGCAAAGAAGGUCCAGAAAUUUUAGUGAACUCUGGUCUUAGUAGUGUUGAAGGAAUGGCAUAUGAUUGGGUAUCUAAACAUCUUUACUUUGUUGAUGGCGCUAUGUCAAAAAUUGAAGUUAUUCGUACUGAUAAUAAAAUUCCUGGGCACAUGCGUCGAACUAUUUUAGGUCCUACUUAUUUAAAGAAACCUAGAGGAAUAGCUGUCCAUCCUAGAGCAGGUUAUUUAUUUUGGACUGAUUGGGCUGUUGGUGAAGCCAAAGUAGCGAGAUCUAAUUUAGAUGGGUCGGACGUGAAAACAUUAAUUAAUAAUGAAUCUGUUGUUUGGCCAAAUGGACUAGCUGUUGAUUACAUAGCUGAACGAUUAUAUUGGGUGGAUGCUCGACAUGAUUAUAUAGCUUCUUGUGAUUUACAUGGGAAUAACAUGAAAAAAGUUAUAAAAGACGAUGAAAAAGUUUCUCAUCCAUUUGCUGUAGCUGUUCUUAAAGAUUGGAUUUAUUGGGAUGAUUGGAAGCAAAAUUCAAUUUUUAUGUCUGAUAAGGAUCUUGGUGCUAAAAUACAAACAAUCGCGUUACAUUUACCUGGGUUAAUGGAUUUAAAAGUGUUUUCUCAUAUGUCACAAAUUGAUACUAAUGCAUGUGCAAGUAAUAAAUGCUCUCAUUUUUGUUUUGGUUUACCAAAUCAAAAGUUCUCUUGUCAAUGUCCUGACAAUAUGAGUAAAUCUGAUGAUAUUUGCCUUUGUCCUGGUCUUAAGGAACCAUUUGUCAAUGGUACUUGUCCAUCAGUUGGUCAUACUUGUUCAGUUGACUAUUUUCAGUGUUCUAAUGGUAACUGUAUACCUAAGUAUUGGCAAUGUGAUGGUGAUAAUGACUGUGGAGAUAAUUCAGAUGAAACAAAGUGUACUAAAGUUUCAUGUGGUCCAAAUUCAUUCCAAUGUAAUAACGGAAAGUGCAUUCCAUUAUAUUGGACAUGUGAUUUUGAUCCUGACUGUGAAGAUGGUUCAGAUGAAUUAAAUUGCAAAUAUUCUAACUGUUCGGAUGGACAGUUUCGUUGUAAAAAUGGCAGAUGUAUUACUAUGCAUUGGCGUUGUGAUUUAGAAGAUGAUUGUCAUGAUGGAUCAGAUGAAGUUGACUGUUCUAAUAUUUCCAGUAAUUCUUCAACUACUUGCCCACCAAAUAGUUUUCAUUGCCCUGAUACUGCUAACACUUGUAUUCCAAUUAAAUGGCAAUGUGAUGGUGAAAAAGAUUGUCGAGAUGGAAAAGAUGAAAUCAAUUGUGAAGUUAAAAACUGUGAAAAUUGGCAGUUUGAGUGUGCCAAUAAAAAAUGUAUAUUUGCAUCUUGGAAAUGUGAUGGAGACGAUGAUUGUAAUGAUGGAUUUAAAAGUGAUGAAGUUAAUUGUUCCUCUACAACUAAGCAUUUCAUUGUUGAUUCAAAUACAACUCCUGCAUCAACAUUUAUUACUACUAAUGAUACAUGUAGUGAAUGGUUAUUCCAGUGUAGCAAUGGAAAAUGUAUUCCUUAUUGGUGGAAAUGUGAUAAAGUAAUGGAUUGUGAAGAUGGAUUAGAUGAAGAACAAUGUGGAACUGUGCCAUCUCUAGAUGUUCAUAAAACUUCUACUGUUUCUACUCCUAAAAAUAUGUGUCCUCAACAUUAUUUCCAAUGCAAUAGCGGCUUAUGCAUUGAAGAUUCUUGGAUAUGUGAUGAAAUUGCUGAUUGCGAUCAAGGUGAAGAUGAAAACAAUUGCAAAAACAACAAUUUUGUUGGUCGUUGCAAAAAUAAUAGUAAUGAAUUUAAAUGUCGUAUAUCUGGAUCUUGUAUUAGUACUGAUAAUGUCUGUGAUGGAACCCCACAAUGUCCAGAUGGAAGUGAUGAAAUGUUUUGUACUAAUAAUAAUCAAACUCCAGGAACUCCAAGUUGUGGAAUAGGUCUAUUUCCAUGUGAUGGCAGCAAAUGUAUUCCUGCAUCAAAACGAUGCAAUCGACACAAAGAUUGUUAUGAUGGCACUGACGAAGAAAAUUGUAGUUCAGCAAACAAGACUUACAGUAUUCAAGUAUCUUUAAUGUCUAUUCAAGAUCAUGAAACAACUCCAAAUUCACUACUUUUAAAUUGGAUAGCUCCAACAUAUUCUAGUAGUUUAGAAUAUUUACCAUCAAUUAGUGAAUUCCGAAUGCCAGAAACAUGCAUUAAUAAAACUUGGACAAGUAAAACUAAUUAUAGGUUUACAUUGCUCAAGCCUUAUACUACCUAUAAUUUGACUGUAUAUGUCCGUGAAGUAAAUAAACCUGAUGUUAUUUAUCCACCUGCAUAUUUCAUACUGGCCACAACUUCUGAAGGCGUUCCCAGUGCUCCACUAAAUGUAAUAGUUAAACAAGUCAAUUCCGAAGAAGUAUUAGUCACGUGGACUAGACCAGAAAAUCCAGCUGGUCGCAUUUUAUCAUAUAAUGUUUAUGUUGAGCCACCACAUCCAGCAAUGGUUUUAUCUGUUGAAGCUGAUUACAACAAUGCUACUCAAUCAUAUCCUGUUCGAUCAUCAUUAUAUCGCAGAAGUAUUGAAUAUAGUUUUUGGGUUACUGCCAAGACAUCUGAAUUUGAAUCUGAACGAUCUGCUGUGAAAAGGUUCCACUUCGAUGAAGAUUCUUUAGUAGAUGUUAAUUUAAAAUUAAAUAUCAUUAAUGCAACCGAAAAUAGUUUGACUUUAACUUGGGAAAGUGUUGAACAUGCAGAAGGUUUUAAUAUUGUAUCAUCAGCACCGAUUAAAGAAGGACCCUAUCCUAAUUCUGUCCAAUCAUUUAAUGUAUCUAAUGGAAAAAAUGAAUUAAUAAUCACCAAAUUGUCACCUGGUGUAAGAUAUACAAUUAAUGUAACACCAUACAAUAAACGAUAUAUUGGCAUGAAAUACAUUAUUUCUGCAAAAACUGAAGGUCAACAAUUACCGACUGUGACAAAUAUAACUGGUUCUUUGGUUAACAUUAAAGAUAAAAAAGAGUCUACAAUCAAAGUACAAUGGAGUCCACCUAAACAGUUGGAAAAAACCAAGUGGUUGUACGGAGUUUAUUAUGGCACAAAUACUAAUGAACUUCUCAGUGGACAUAAGUAUAAUACUUCAGCAACUAUAGCUAUUUUGAGCAAUAUUGAAUCAUGUACAUCACUAACGAUUGAUGUUGGUAUCAUUGGUCCCAAUGGUAUUGGACCAUUGUCUAAAAGACCACUUGAAAUUACUACUCCAUUCGAUCCGACUGUUCCACCUAAGGACAUUAAAAUUGAACCAAUGGAACAUUCUACCAAAGCAAUGAUUAUUAUUAGCUGGAAAGCAUCUUGUCAUUCAGUUCAACAGUCUUAUAAAGUAAAUAUUCUGGAAACUUACAAAAAUAAUAAGACUGAAAUUUCUGUUUCAAAUGUAUUUGAUGCUGAAGCUCAUCUUACCGUUCCCAUAAAUUAUGGUGGGAAUUAUUUAAUUAGUGUGUCAACCAUUACACCAAACGCUAUUCCAUCAUCAUUAAUUAAUUAUCGUGCUCCAGAACUACCUCUUCCUCAUCAGGUUAAGGUAUUCAACAUGCCUGGUGGUCACUAUGAAGUAUCUUGGAAAAAACCUAUACUACCCUCUACACUUCAAAAAUCAGUCAUUCAUUAUUUGGUACAUAUAUCUGCAGGCAGUGAAAUAAAUAGCACAAUUGCCCAAACAUAUAGUGCUAAAGAUUCACCAUUUAAUAUCAGCGAUCCACCAAAAAGUAAUCAAUUGUCAGUUGCUGUGCAGUUGGCAACAGAUGCAGGCUAUGUAUCUCGUAUGUCUGAAGUAUUCUCGUUUAAUUCAAUCGAUGCUGAUAUGCAAAAUUCUGACCCAGUGGUUGUUGGUGUCAAUACUGGAUGGACGUUUAUGAUUUUGGUACUAUUAGUAGUAGGAUUAUCUGCAGGAUUGGUAUAUUUUGUUGUUAGACAUAGGAAUUUACAAAAUAGUUUCGUGCAAUUUGCCAAUAGUCGAUACGAUACACGGUCUGGAUCAGCUACUUUCACUGGAGUUGACAGUCUAGGUCUAGGAGUAUUUAAAGAUGAUGAACCAGCAGUUCAAGGCUUUUCAGAUGACGAGCCACUAGUCAUUACUUAAAUAUUAUCAACUGAUCGUUCCGUCAUCUGUGAUAAUGCGUAACCAUUUAUCUCAAUCCAAGUGACAUAUUAUUUUAUAUUAGAUUAUUACAUAAGUCAACUACUUUAUAUUUUAAUACUACUUGACCUAAGUUAUAAUGCUGUAACUGUUUUUUUUUUACUUUAAAAUUUGUAAUUUUAUCUCCUUAUUUUAUGUUCUAUAUGAGGGUGGGUGAAUAUAGAUGGUUAUUAUUUAUAGAAGAAGGAGAGGCAAACAUAUCUAAAAGCUCGCAUCAAAAAAAAAAUUUAUAUUAUUUUAAUUUUUUUAAUAAGUAUCUUAAAUUGAUUUUAAAAUUUGUAAGAGAGGAUUGCCAUAACUUCCCAUGUAUCCACUCCUGGUUCUUAUUUUACUUUUUCUUUCUACUCUGUUUUUUAUUAUCAUUGUUUUUGGAAAUUUGUGUCCAUAAUUAAAUAAUUACCUACAUUGUUGUUCUAUAGAAUUUAGACUAUAAUAAUUUUUUUGUUGCCAAUAAAUUGCCAAAAUAAUAAUACAUUUUAAGACUUCUUCAUAGGUAUG